AUGAUAUCAUCAGGUAUUAAUAUAAAUCAAAUGACUCCAAUUGUUGAUAUUAUUUUUCCUGAACAAGCUUCUCUUAAUCAACGUCAUUUGUCAACAAAUGAUCUUAAAACAUCAUUUGAUCGAUUUCUCUUAUGGAAUAAUAAUUAUAACAAGGAUAAUUCAGCAUCAUCCUUUUGUGGUGAAGUUACAAAUGAUUCAACAUCAUUUAUUACUCGACGUCAAUCAACAGCACAUACUUCAUUACGAGAUAUUCAGCAUCAUAAUCAACAACUACAUUUUCAUCGUCCAUCGCUUGUAAUUCGACCACAUAUUACAGCAUCACCAAUACGUUUACCAUCACCUACAACACUGCAUGAUUUCAUUUAUAAUUUCAUAUAG